GCUUGAAAUGCGGGUCGAUUUGUGUGUUUUUGUGUGCUACGCAGUUCGUAAAUACACGAAAUGUAAAAGACGUUGUGUAUGGCUAUCUAAAUUCCCUUAUCGUUGAUACACAUUUCGAAGUGCAAGGAUUUAAUCACUGUAGCUUCCAUUUUGUAUCCAUUUUGCGUUUCUGUAAUAAUUAGUUGAACUGGCGUGAAUUAACAGAGUGUGCAACUCAUGCGUAGUACGUUCCUGUUGGUAACCCGUUGUCAUACGUAUUAGCCAGUCGGCUGACAGUACACGGCAGCAACUGAAAAUCAAUCACAUCGGUUUUUUUCCGACUUUAACUCCAUUUCCGAAACUGUGGCUAAAAAUUGCUCCGAGUGACAGAAAAUAUCCCUCAACUUUGUUUAUGAAACACAGGAAGCUACGAAGAAGCAGUGUUGGUCUUUAUUCACAUCUGAUUAAUUAUUCGCAGUGUUCACUUCCUACCAUUUAUUACUGGAACUCUUCCAAUAAAAAGGCCGUCGACAGGGUGAUGAGUUCUGAUGCAGAGUGUAGGGCCGUUCCACCUCUACGGCCUGUACGGGAGCAAGAAGUGGAGGUCUUGUUGAAAUACUGCCACUGCUACCGCCACGAUGUGCAGUCUGAGCCGUCCCCGAGACCUGCGCUCACGUAUGUAGUAUCAAACGUGGCAGCAGGUAAGGUGCAAGAGAGGCAAGGCGGAGGCGAAACAGCCCGACAGCAGCCGGCGCAGCAGCACCGCGAUGUGGUUGAGGCAGAGGUAGGCGAAGAGGAGGAGGAGGUGGGGGAGGCCGAGACCAGCCGUGGCCUGCUACGGCGGCUGCUGGCCUGCUGCCUCUGCAUUAGGCUGCCACAAGGCCGCAGUUCCAGGAGGACCAGCAGAGUUCAUCCUGAAGAAUCGCCGACAGCUGGCAGCCAGGCUAAGCAACAGAGCCCUGUCGUCAAAAUCCUGGAAACAUACUCGAAGGAGAAGCAAGAGCUGGUGUCUGCGUGGGUGUUGAAGCAUUUCGGAAGCGCACAGGACCGCUGCAGAUGGAUGGAGGGGCUGCACGAAGAAGCCGAAAACACACAAUUGGCAGAGGUAACGUACUGCAGAAGCUUUAGCUAUGCAAGCAGUGGUGAGUAGAAGAAUAACAUAAAUAAUAAUUCAUAUAUACUAGGCACAGUAAUGUGGUAAUGUAUGAAAGACUAAAUCGUUGUGUCUCAAUCUGAUGUGAACUGAAAUUUUGAUGUGUGUGUUUACACCCUUAAUUUACAGAGGCAGAAUAUUUGAUCAGAAACUAGACGAUUCUAAAUAAGUUUUUUUACAGAUUCUGUUCCAUCUGUUGUUUAUAUAUGCUUACUCAUUUCAGUUAUUAAAUGUCAGCCAUGUGCCUACCGCAGGAUGUACCUGUAAUAGGAAACAACCAAAACAAAAACAACACUUAUUAACCCUCUCCACUAACGCUCCAAAAUACAAAUAACUGUCCUAACAGGUCUCACAUGUAUCAGGGCUUCUGAAGACUGGAGAUUUUUCUCAGUUAAACAGUUGUGGAGCAAAAUGUUUCAAAAAUUAAGGCUGGGGAAUGUCAUAAAUUACUAGUAAUCAUAAUCGGAAAAGAAUUUUUCAUACAAGAGAAUAGAAUAUUUUGAGUUUCAGAAGCGCACCUCUAAUAGCAGAACCACAACAGUUGAUGAUUUAGGUUCUUGGAUCAAAAAUAAAAAUUAAAUCAAUGUUCUUGUCCGUGACUGCCAAACGACUUACAUUGAAUAUUAUUCCAAACUUUCAUUAACAGAUUUGUUCUGUGACGAAAGCUCACUGAAAGUACAUUUUUAUUUAUUACUGGCGAAAGCGGUUUUUUAACUGCCUAAUUAAAUGCAGUGGAUCUUAGUGUAUUAUUCACGAAAGAUGUUGGCAACUGUUUGGCGGACAGUGUCAAAUGCCCCUACUGUGGUGUUAGGAGAAAGAGCUGUGUCAGGUGUCGUAAGCUUGGUGGGUCAGCUCUACCUGUCCUUCUACACGUUGACAAACUCAAAUUUUGUCAACGGAAUGCAAGAGCAAAAUGAUGCCUUUUGAGUGUUACAUACGAGCUCUCUGUGCAUUCAGUUAAACACUAAUUCCUUGAGAACUACAGUGAGAUAGGAAAACGUAAUAUAGGUAUCUGGCUUGAAGGACAAAACUUUAGUCACCAAAAUGGUAGUGAAAACCUUUGAGUUAAACGCCUGAUUUAUCCGUUGCCAGCCUGACUUUGAAUUCCAAAGAUGUAAUUGUAGUGUUGCGCUUAAUUUGUAAUGCACAGUACAAAAUAACAUAAACUAGUAACAUAUUAGCAUAAGAGAUAUUUCCUCUGAUAAAGUGUACCAAUUCAAAGAUAGGUAGUAGGAAGGAAGAAAAAUCUUGGAAUGUAAUUAUCUCAGUUGAGUUAUUGGUACUGGAACACAAGAAAGAGAAGGAUGCGAAUUAGUGAACGUAUUUAGAUAUAAAAUCUAAGAAAAGUCCUUAGAACCAUUACUUCCUUGUGAAUCUCAUACACUGAAUCUGCAGAGGAUGAACCUAUUAAGGAUUUAGAUUCUUUGAGUCUUCUCAAUGAUAUUCCAUCGUGGGUUUUCCCAUGUUUGAUAUUUCCGUGUACCUCUGCCACAUUUAAAAAUGCUGAGGGUCUUUUUAACACCGCGUCAGUGAUGAUUCAAAUGUCAAAUUAACUGAUACCCUAAAGCAAAUUAAAAUAGUAUAUUUGCGUUGUUCGCAUCAUAAGAAGAAUAGAGGCAGACAUUGAAUAAAUUUGUUUAUACCACUGAUCUAAGAAAUCAUAAGAAACUGUAAAAACAGAUACUGAAUAAGAAUAUUGGAAUGAAAUAGUGGUCUGGCACUACUCAUACGUGAGUGUAAUGAGAAAUCAGCAUUAACAAGUUACAGACCUGCUCGUAUAGACUAACGUGCUGUGAGCUAGCCGGCGAGCCAGGGUGCUUCACCAGACACGAAAGUAGUGCAAGUAUUGGAUUCACAACUACUGGUCUGGUUCACCAGCUGGCUGAGUGUGGCUUAUAUGCCGUUUUUCACCCUCGUUUAGGUGAAUGCUGAGCUGCUCUCCGAUCUCCACCUCAUAAAAAACACCAUUCACAAACACCUUCAAACGAAACAUACAGAUCAGCGUUGGCAACAUUCGCAGACAGGUGACGAACACAGCUUUCCUCCGUUACGUUUAACUUACAGCUGCAGCCACAGGAAGGGUAACCAAUCAGAAAGUAAAAAAUAAAAACAAAACAAAAAAUACCAGGUCACGAGAACUGUGGUAUUCGAAA